AGCGAGUCAAAGAAGGGAGGGGGAGACGAUCGAAUCUCCUUGGCUAAGAGCGAACAGGCGAGCGAGAGAAAGAGAGAGAACGCGAGAGGAUUCACAUCCACACUUUCUUCUCCGUUCAGUUGUCCGACGAGCGCUGGCAUUCCGACAGUCAGAACAGUUCCGACAGUCUUGCGAUACGGAAUGCUAGCACGCGCCUGCGUCCAUCUAUAAUACAACGCCUACGUCCGCUCAAGCACGCGAUUGCACGUACGCGGAUUAGUGACGCGCCACUAAUAAAUCGUGGCUUUAAAGUGAUAUCCGCGAAAAGUGUUUCACGUCCGCGUGCCGCUAUCAACAGUUGGCUGUAGCCGACGAAUGCCGAUCUGUGCGAAUUGCAGCAGCUGAACCUGGCGCAGACGCAGCACCUCCGACAGAUGCACGCUUCAGCGCCACCGCCUUCACAAGCCCAGCUCAACCAGCAGCAGCUACAAUACCACGAAUCUAUUGCCCACCAGCCUGUCAUUUGAUGACACAAAACCGACAUGAAGAAUGACACAGAGGAGCAGGCUGAGAUCCUCGAUCUCGACUCACACAAAGUUCAAACGCAUAGAUAUGAAGAUGAGUACAGCAUGCGAAUGCAUCAGCACGCGGAAAUGCACCAUCACAUGCAGAUACAGCAGCACCAUCAUCAGAUGCAGCAUCAUCAGUCACAUAGUCCAGUGCACUCGGUAAAUGCGCUGGGUCGGUCGCACACGAUACCUCAGUCUUACGACUAUCAUUCAAGCCUAUCGCCGAUGGGCCCGGUAGACAAUGUGGCGAGCAUGCAGGAUCAACAAAGUCAGUUCAUGCUAGGCCAGCUACCGCUCGCGGGGGUGGAGCCGCCUCGUCAUCCAGGCUCGCCUAUCAUCAGUAGUAGCCAGCCGAUGCCUAACCACCAGAUGCAUCAGUCUUCCGGCGGUCUUAUGCCCAACCAAAAUCCGAAGCCGCCGGCGAUGGGUAACCAAUCGUGGAAGAGCAAUGAGGCACGCAGACCGAAGACUUAUAACUGCACUGCGUGCAACAAGUGGUUUACUAGCUCAGGACAUCUCAAGAGGCACUAUAAUACGACACUGCAUAAAAACGCGGUCAAGCAGAGUAACCAGCCUGACCCGGCCAACAUGCCCAUCAGUGCCCAUCACCAUCCUGGUCGAGAUACCACUGCAAGCGGCAGAACUGGGGGCAGUGGUGGAUCGACAAAUCGGACUUCGCCGGAGCUCUCUUCGUCGAGUAGUCCCCCAAACUUGAUGGCAGGUCCCUCGGGCGAGGCAACGAGGGGCCUGCUUCACACGCCCACCACCACCACCUCCUCCAACGCCCACAUUUACAACAACAACAACCACAUCAGCAGUUCCAGCAACAGCAACGAGGCUAUACCCCUGCAGGCCCUCCAGGAACAAAAGUUUCUCGAGCAACAAAUACACCAGCAACAACAGCAGCUUCACUUGCAACAUCAGCACCACCACCACCAACAACAGGCUCAGUCUUCGGGGAUUGUCAUGGCCUCGGAGCUGUAUCGAAACACUACCGGUCAGACGGGCAUGAUGGUUCUACACUCGCAUCACCAAGCACCUCCGUCGACCUCUCGACAGCACUCACACCACCAGUCAAUGAGCUCACCGUCACCUCAUCAACAACAACAGCAACAAAUCCAACAGACAGCACAGGCACAACACCAGACUCAACAAUCGCAUCAUCUGCAAAUAGAUUCACCACACCAAGCCAUGAGUUCACCCAUAUCUCCCAUGCAACAACACCCGGUCCACAUGAGUUCGCCUUCGCCAGUGGCCACGGGGCCUCAACAGCAGCAAGUGCCGCCACCACCCCCGCAUCACCACAUGAAUUCGCCUUCUCCUGCAAUGGUGGGACACCAGGAAACUUCGCCGCCGCCACCGGUUUCUAUGAUGGGGGGUACUACGAUGCCUCAUCAGCCGUACCCAAACGCCUUGCCCCCCCACGUUACAACUAUUACCAACAUCUCGGGCCUGCUGAAGUCUAUUACCAGCCCGCUAACAACUAUUGGUAAUGACGAGCUGCACCAUCACCCUCAUCAUCAUCAGCAGCAGCAGCAGCACGACCACGUGUUACCCGCUUUUGACACUUUCACCAGUCACCAUCAACAGCAGCACCAUUUACAUCAUGAAAAUGAUCACGAGCUCAAACAGCCGCUGCCAAAUUUCACGCAAUUCGGGUACAUGAUCGUGCAACAUCCGGUAACCAACCGGCAAGCUAACGUGGGGGGGCUAAGUCCCAAGGAGGCUCGAGUGCCUUCUCACAUCAAGUUCGAGGCCAUCGACAGAUAUGAUAGCUGUGAGAAUUACGAAAAUUACGAAAACUAUCGGAACUCACCGUUACACUAUGAAUAUCUACGAGGCAAUGACAACGACGUCGACAUGAUGCAGGUGCCCGCGGAUAGUUCGUCAGCUGUGUCGAGUGUAUACGCUCACGCCCAGCAACACCAGCAUCACGGACACGAUCACGAGCAGCAGCGCGAGGCUAACAACAAUCUACUGCAUCCAACAAUUAAGGAGAAGCUCAAUUCUAACAUCAUAUCUGAUUCUAAAAGCUUUGGCAAAAAGAACGUCAGAGCUGGCAAGACCAACAAGGUCAAGAUUGAGACGAAAGAGCACCAGGUGACGAGCACGAACACGAGCUCGAACUACAUAUCGGAAAACGGGCUGCACAAGUGCAUCGAGUGCGAUAAGGUGUUUAAUAAGGCCUGCUAUCUGACGCAGCAUAACAAGAGCUUCCACUCGGGGGAUAAGCCCUUCAAGUGCAAUCAGUGCGGCAAACGUUUCCCCCUUGAAUAUCAGCAUGCUGAACACCUACUAAAGCACGCCGGCGAAAAGCCCUACAAAUGCGAGGUCUGCCCCAAGCAGUUUAACCACAAAACCGACCUCAGGCGGCAUAUGUGCCUCCAUACCGGUGAAAAGCCGUACGCCUGUGAUAAUUGUGGCAAGGGCUUUAUACGUAAGGACCACAUGAUGAAGCACGUCGAGACGCACAAGAAAAAGAACAACUUGCACAAAAUCCACUUAAGGGCGUGAAAUUGGCACCGUCAUCGCUUUAGCAUCCGACCUCUCAACUAUUUUUAUUUUGUAAGCGAGAGAUUAAUUAAUUGACUAUAUUACUGUGCUCGUGCAAAAACAGAGGAAAUGAGAAUAUAUCAUCUCCCGCGUGUGCAUGUACUGUGUAUAUGAAUGCAAAAUUGCGCCAUGAUGGGGAUAAUGAAUAAUGCUUUGCGAGUAUGUGAAUGUGUGUACUAAAAUUUACGAACUAUUUCAUUGUAUAUGCGUCGAAAGGGGAUGUUGGAUUCACGUUGGCUAUUUCAAAGGUGUACGGCUUUGACUCCGACCGCUCCUUUAUUUUGUUAUUAUAAAUAUAUUUUAUUUGUCAAAUCAUAAUCCAUUCAUGAUUCCUUUUUUUUUAUUCCAUAUUUUUAUUCUUAUUUUAUCAUACUAAAUUUUUUUAUUUGCACUUCAUCUGUUAAUGUUAGAUCUCUUGCAGAAACAUCACAUAAGAAAGUAUUUUACACGUUAUAUUUUGAGAAACAAUCAGCAAGAAAUACAUCUAUACUUUCUUUCACAUUCUUAACUUACGCAAGAUUUUUGUAAUAUGCAAUUUUUGUAAUAUUUGCAUUUAUUUUUAUUUUCGAUAUCAAUAAGUUUUUCCGUUUAUUAUAAACAACUUAAACGUAUUGAUAUAUCGCUAUUUAAUAAUUUUUCUUUCUUUAAAGUCAUACCCCCCCCCCCAUCUCUUGCUCUCUUCAUCCAUUAUUUGUGGUAUUACUAUUGAAUUCAUAAUAAUUAAUUGAAAGAGGUUAUUUUUUAUUUGAAGUUUGUAGUAAAUAUCUAAUACAGAAAGAUUAUUGAAAAUAUCCAUGCUAGAUAAUCUUAAUGUACUGAAUAUCUUGUCAGAUCCAAAUGCAAUAUCGUUCUUAAGCGACUGUUUAUUGUUCCUUGAAAUGUCUCGUUGAACUAAUCUACUUCCGGCCAUUAUACAUUAAGGCUUCUGAAGUUGGGCAUUAAUAAUUUUAAUAAUGGAAACGUAAAGUGAACAAGUAUGAAAUUACAAGUGAAUCCUAAUGAAAACAAAUUAAUACGAAAGCUAUAUAAAUAACAAUGAAAUAGUAACGAAAUAUUUAAUUUUACGUUUUAAACAAGAUCUACCUCAGAAACGAAGCAAUAUUUAAGCGAUUUAUCUAUGACUGUGUGAACAAGUUACAUAAAGUUAAAUAAAGCAAAAUCUUAUGAUGUUAGGUGUAGUUUUAUGAAUAAACUAAACUGUGCAUCUUUUAGUUUAAUAAAUUAUUAUUUUUUAAUUUUUUAUAAACGAAUGUUUUUUUCGUACGUUAUAUCAUACAUAUCUAUUCAAUAAUUAAGAUAAGGUGUAUAAAAUUUUUCUGCUAACCAUAUUAAUAAUCUGAAAUCAAUAAUUUUGUACAUACCAAUCUUAUUUUAUAAACAUAUCGUUUUUUUCAAAAACAAUUUUUAUUUUAGUUGUUUUCACGUUAAAUAUACAAGUUGAAUUAUAGAAAUAAGCUGACCAAAAAAAAAAAGAAAUAAUAAUGAUAAUAACCUGUCGAAAAUACACAUUCAUAUAAUAAUAGGUUAUACAUGAGAGGCGGGAAAAAACGGUAUGACUAUACAUGCAAAUAGUAAAUAUUGUAAAUUCGUAAGAAAUAGUUUAUAACUUAGCAAGAAUGUAACCUUGCUUAGUAAUCCUUUUAUAGUAAAUUUAAUUUCCAAUUAUUUCUUUUGAAGAUAAAAUUUCAUAAUUAUCAGUAUAUGAGAGUCGUGAGAGGCAAAAAACCAGAUCACCAAUCAAUACGGGUUUGUCGCUUUCAAAUUAAGGUUCUUACGUAGUCACUGUUUUACGCUUUAUGACUCAAAUAUUCAGAGAAAUGUCUAGUUCAAAGAGGAAAUAUAGCACGCUCUAUAAUUUUUUCUAUUAGUCGCUUUAAUAGAAAAGUCCUUUUGUAGAACAGGUUGCUAUUGUCACUCAUAUGCAAAAACAUUUCUAAAACAAUUGCAAUACUACUAAAAUUAAAAAAAACGCAAAGAACCUUAUAAUUACGAAUUUUUUACAUAAGCCAAUUCAUCAAAAUUCCUGGUUGCUUCUUUGGUUUGCGAAAUAAUUGAUCAUACCGGCGAUAUAUUUAAAAAAAGUAACCAAAAAUUAAAAAAUUAUUAAUAUAUUUGGUGAAAUUUUUUUAUAUCUAUAUGCAAUUUCAAAUGAAGCAAGAUUCUAAAAGUUCUCUGAUUUCGAGCUCAUAUUGUCGUUGCGACGAUGAAAAUUUACGAUAAUAAGCGUACAGAAAAGUAUAAAAGCAAAUAAUAGUAAGCGAUGUUAUAGCCUAUUGUGAUUUGGUCAUAUGAUCAGCGAUUGACAGGUGAUAUUGUGAAAUAUGUAUUUGAGAAUGCCAUACACAAGUACCUCAAGAUAAAAAAACACAUGUACAAAU